AUGGCUUCAGCCUUGGAGCAGUUUGUGAACAAUGUGCGGCAGCUUUCCGCUCAAGGCCAGAUGACUCAGCUGUGUGAGUUGAUUAACAAGAGUGGGGAGCUCCUGGCCAAGAACCUGUCACAUCUGGACACAGUUCUCGGGGCCUUGGACAUUCAGGAGCACUCCCUCGGCGUGCUGGCUGUGCUGUUUGUAAAGUUCUCCAUGCCAAACAUCCCUGACUUUGAGACGCUCUUUUCCCAAGUCCAACUCUUCAUCAGUACUUGCAAUGGCGAGCACAUUAGAUAUGCAACAGACACUUUUGCUGGUCUCUGUCACCAGUUGACAAACGCCCUUGUAGAGCGGAAACAGCCAUUGAGGGGCAUUGUCAUCCUGAAACAGGCAAUAGACAAAAUGCAGAUGAACACAAACCAACUUACCUCAGUUCAUGCAGACCUGUGUCAGCUGUGCUUGUUAGCAAAGUGCUUCAAGCCUGCCCUGCCCUUUCUGGAGCUUGACAUGAUGGACAUCUGCAAGGAAAACGGCGCUUACGAUGCAAAGCACUUUUUAUGUUACUACUACUAUGGUGGCAUGAUCUACAUGGGCCUGAAAAAUUUUGACAGAGCACUGUACUUUUAUGAACAGGCAAUAACCACUCCAGCCAUGGCAGUGAGCCACAUCAUGUUGGAAGCCUACAAGAAAUACAUCUUGGUCUCACUCAUACUCCACGGCAAAGUGCAGCAGCUGCCCAAAUACACUUCACAAAUUGUAGGGAGGUUUAUCAAGCCACUGAGCAACGCCUACCACGAGCUGGCUCAGGUUUACACCACCAACAACCCGACCGAAUUGCGCAGCAUAGUCAACAAACACAGCGAGACGUUCACGCGAGACAACAACACGGGCCUGGUGAAGCAGUGCCUUUCUUCCCUCUACAAAAAGAAUAUCCAGAGGCUAACAAAGACUUUCCUGACACUGUCUUUGCAAGAUAUGGCAAGCAGGGUGCAACUAUCAGGACCUCAGGAGGCCGAGAAAUACGUUUUACACAUGAUUGAAGACGGUGAGAUCUACGCUAGCAUUAACCAAAAGGACGGCAUGGUUUGCUUCCAUGACAACCCAGAAAAAUACAACAAUCCAGCAAUGCUACACAAAAUUGACCAAGAGAUGUUGAAAUGUAUAGAACUGGAUGAGAAACUAAAGUCUAUGGAUCAAGAAAUCACAGUAAACCCACAAUUUGUGCAGAAGAGUAUGGGAACGCAGGAAGAUGAUGUUGGCAGCAAAACAUCAAGUUACUCGUGA